GCCAUCAAAAAGCUGAGCCGGCCUUACAAAACCAAACGCAUGCCAGAGGGCUUUACAGAGAACUGGGCGCUCAUGAAAUGCGUCAACCACAAGAAUAUAAUUGGGCUUCUAAACGUCUUUACUCCCCAGAAGUCACUUGAAGGUUUCAGGAUCUGUAAGUACAUUGUGAUGGAGCUCAUGGAUGCUAAUCUGUGCCAAGUCAUACAGAUGGAAUUAGACCAUGAACGCAUGUCCUAUCUCCUUUACCAAAUGCUGUGUGGCAUAAAGCACCUACACUCUGCAGGGAUUAUCCACAGGGACUUAAAGCCUAGUAACAUUGUAGUAAAAUCUGACUGCACCUUGAAGAUUCUGGACUUUGGGCUCGCCCGGACGGCAGGAACAAGCUUCAUGAUGACCCCGUACGUGGUGACUCGUUACUACAGAGCCCCAGAAGUCAUCCUUGGCAUGGGAUACAAAGAGAACGUUGACAUUUGGUCAGUGGGUUGCAUCUUGGGAGAGAUGAUCAAAGGUGGUGUUUUAUUUCCUGGCACAGAUCAUAUUGAUCAGUGGAAUAAAGUAAUUGAGCAGUUGGGGACUCCCUCCCCGGAGUUCAUGAAGAAACUUCAACCAACUGUGAGAACAUAUGUGGAAAACAGACCCAAGUAUGCAGGGUAUAGCUUUGAGAAACUCUUCCCAGAUGUUUUAUUCCCUGCUGACUCGGAGCAUAACAAAUUGAAAGCUAGCCAAGCCAGAGACCUGCUGUCUAAAAUGCUAAUAAUAGAUGCUUCCAAGAGAAUCAAUGUGGACGACGCUUUGAAUCACCCAUAUAUAAAUGUUUGGUAUGAUGCACUGGAAGCUGAAGCUCCUCCCCCAAAGAUCCCAGACAAACAGUUGGAUGAGAGAGAACACACUAUAGAAGAAUGGAAAGAGCUGAUAUAUAAAGAAGUCCUGGACUGGGAUGACCGAUCUAGAAAUGGCGUCAUCAGGGGACAGCCGGCAUCUCUAGGUGCAGCAGUGACUGAUGGAUCCCAGCCUCACACCUCGUCCUCAUCAGCGGAUGCUUCCUCCAUGUCCACAGACCCCACAUUGCCCUCUGACACAGACAGCAGCCUUGAAACCUCAGCAGGGGCGUUGGGUUGUUGCCGAUGACCGCGUGGGGCAAAGGGGUACAAGUUGCAAGGAGGGAGGUGACAGGAAUGGAUCUCCGGGGUAGCACAAUUUUGGGAAUGUGCCACUGCUGUUACUUUAAAAUUAAUAUUAACCCCUUAGCUGCCCACAAAUUGUGAUCACGCUACACUUGAGUGACAGGAAGUUAGUGUGAAUACCUUUUAUCCCUUUCUGUUCUUGGGGGGAGGGGAUAUAACAUUCCCCCACUAGGACUUUGGACGUCAAGUCAAAAAACAAAACCAACAACAAAAAGAGUUUUAACUUUUUUUUUUUAGUCCUGUAAUUGUGACACUUAAGUGCUGGAGGAUUUGAAAAGCUGCCAUAAAAUAUGUAUUGUAAUUUUAUUUUUAUUUAGGGUGGGUAUGGGGGGAGCUCAGACUUUUAAGAAAAGGUCACUUUGGUCCUGAUUGUCUUGAAAAUUUUAUUUUGUAUUAUUAUUAUUUUAUUUUUUUCUGGUGCUGCUCAGUUUUUAUGUUUUUAUUUUUCCAUAAUUGUUAAGUCUGUUCCAUAUUUUAAUAAUUUAAUUUUUCUUAAAUAUAUAUUUAUGGGUUUAUUUUCACUUGUAUUCAGACCUCCUGUGCCAGUAAACCAUAGGGAGGAAAAGGAUAUUGCUUCUUAUUUUAUAAUUGUCUGAUUUGAGGUAUUGGCGCAUUCACUCUUACAAGGCCAUAAAAUAUAUUUUACACAGUCACUUUGUGAGCGUUUAAACCACUAAGUGAUGCAGCUUAGUCCUCAGAGAGGAAAUGGCUGCAACAAACGUUUCCAAAAGAAGUUGUCUGUCUCUGUGGUACGGCAUAAAUUGAAUUUCAGCUCUUAAAAAGGCUGAUUUAAAGGGACAGUAAACACUUUGAGAUUUGUAAUAUAAAUGCUUAAAGGGACAUAAUACCCAUAUACUAAAUCACUUGAAAAUGAUGCCGCAUAAUUGUAAAAAGCUGACAAGAAUUUUUCGCCUUUUUUUUUUUUGUCCUCUCUACCUCUAGAUUUCUUCAGCUCACAAAAGUAAUUGCUCUGUGAAAAUGAACAGUUGCUUUCAGCUACUGUCCAGCUGCAUGUUUGGGGGGGAAAAAACAAAAACAGCCAAUCCGUUUCAUCUGUGCUGAUGUCAUGCAUUGCUUUACUGUGAUCUUAUGAGAUUUAACUGAAUUCUCGUGAAAUUUCACAGUAAACUUCCUUAAACCGAAUAGGGAAAUAUGACUGUGCCUGCAUAUCAGCUGCACACACUCGUGCAAGUCCUGAGACUAUCAUCCUGAUUGGCUGUUUAAAGUCUUUUUACAAUGGGAUGUGGCUACUGAGGAAAUGUUGAGGUAAAAUAUCUACCUUUUUCACUUAUAGAUGUUCAGGUGAUAUUUUCUAAUCCGCUUUUUACAGCCAUGCUGCAUCACUUUCAAGUGCUUCAACAUUUUUUUUAAUUAUGUAUAAGAAACUGGUUUAGUAGAAUAACAAACUUAUUUAUUUUGCCUCCUUUUCCUGUAAUUUUAAGUCUGAAAAUUGAGGAUUUUUUCAGUCCUGAGAACUGAAAGAACAUGACAGAUUUCACAAGCCUAAACCUGCUACAUAUCUGUAUUUAAUUUCCAGUUUGUUGUCUUAUUGUUUCUGCUGGAGCCAUACAAUAGAGAUUUUGUUGACACAAUGACGCAAACCCUAAAUAGCAAAGGCUCAAUAUAGUGUAGCUUAAUCACCUAAAUUAUUUCUAAUCUAUAUGAUUUACUCUUAAAAAUAUCCAUAAAAUCACAAGUGAGAAAAUUGCUUAGAAUGAUUUAAUUAUUAAAAUUAGAUUAUGAGAUAGAACAUAGGUUAACUAUUAAUAAAUAUUAACUAUCAUAAAACCAUAAGUUGGAAAAACAAAACUUUACAUUAAACUUCCAUAUAUGGAUCUGGAAAUUUAAAUUUAUCUGAUUAAAAUUCCUUAUGGGAAUCCUUAUUCAGAAUAAGACGUAUACCAAUGCAUAAAACGUUACCAUUUGGUAAAAGACUAGUGUAUAGGGACGUCUCCAUAGUUACACUAUAAAUGCGACGGUGAUAAUUGUAGUUCCAGAUGCAAGGGAAUCGCCUAUUUCCAAGAGGUGCCGUUAGCACCCGGUAACACCGUUCAUACUAUGAGCUGUGCUUUUCUGUUAUCCCUAUGAUUGGAUAGGCUGCUGUCUCACGUGACUUUCUUACGUAGCUGUAAGCAAAUGUGCUGGGACCGUUAACUUUCACAAAUGUAUCUAAAGUAGCUGCAACAUUUGUAACAGUUCCUGGUAGAGAUACAUUUGUGUUUAAAUAUUCUAACAAUGUUAAAACAGUCUUUAGCUCUUUUCUGAAUCCUGUCUCCACCGUACUUAUGAGUACUCCCUAGAGUUACACAGGAUGAAUCAGGGGAGCAUACCCCUAGAUGGCAGAGUAUAGUCAACGCGUUUCACCCCGUAAAGGGCUUUAUCAAGACACAAUGACAGUGGCAAGCGCUAUCUUUUUCCAGAUGCAAAUUCAUAUUAACUACUCUGUAAAAAAGAAAGUGGUGGGAUGAGUUUGACAGUUUGAGAAAACAAUUGCAGCAAACAAGUUGGUAAUCCGUUCUAAUAAUCUGUAGACUCUGAUUAUAUGUUAACCUUUUGGAAGGUUCCUGAAAUUUUUCUGGCAAGAUGUUUACUGUCCCCUUUAAAACAGGUUUUGAAUCCAUAUAAUGAGAUCCUGAUAUGUCACCCUGUGAUGCAAUAACCGUGUCAGUCUAUUCAGUGCACAGGGAUUGUUUUCAUGAAGCUCUACUUGAUAUACUAUAUAUACAAAAACCGUCUUUAAUGUGGUCUCCCCAUAAAAAAAAAAACAAAUGUAUUUCUUUUUCUUUAGAGGGGGUAUCAAGGUUAGUCUAAAAAGAUAAUGUUUUGUAUAUUUUAACUGUUAGAAUGAAUGCACCAUACCCAUGCAACACCGCCUACGUUUGUGUAUUGGAUACGUUUCACAUGUCUAAGGAUGAAGUUUUAAAUCUCACUAUGUUAAGGUUUUUUUCUGUCUAGACAUACAGAAUAACUGGCUGUUAAUUCCCCGUCCUCUCUUGUUUGUUACUCGUACAGAUCAAUCAUGCAGAACUGUGUUCUGGUUGUACUUACUGUUACAGGGGAGAGGAAAUACACUCACGGGCAACAGACUUGCUACAAUCAUAUAAACUGCCGACUUGUAAUAAAAGAUUGAUGUUAGGGUGAAAA